AUGUCCACCAAAAACGUCCUCCGCACCAAAGAAGAUCAGUUCAAUGACCUCUAUCUAGCUACCCUCCACCGUCCUUUCAAAGGCCAAUACGAAGACAAAUGGCUAGAAGAACCGUUUUGGGCAGCCGUCGAGGUUUUCAAGGCUCAAGUCAAGGAAAUUGGAUACGACGAUCCAUUGGAACGUUUAAAGUCCUAUAGUGGCAGAGAAACAUUUGAAAAAAUCCGAGACAAUUUCAAGGCUGGUCCUCCGGCCUGUUUACGAGAGGGCUGGAUAAGUCCCUAUACCGGAGAAAAGAUUGAUGUCUUGUCCGCCCUUGAGGUCAUUCACCACGUCCGAGGAGUAAAGUACGAGGAGCUUUCGGAUCUUUCUGAGAAACACACAGGACAGGUGGCAGUCAUUGGUAUCAACAAUGAAGGCAUGAUUGGUCGUCAUCCCGCGAUGAUGGGCUUGGGAGGAGUUAAGGAGUUCAUCGAGACUAAAAAAGAAAACUUUCGUUAUUCAACUUAUGUUGACAACACCGAUGAAUAUGUCAGAGAGACGAUUUUCCGUAAAACCGAGUACAUAGCAAUUCCCUGCAUUGUAUUGGUGGUCGACAAUGAAGUCCGGUUUGCUGGAAGCGGCACUAAAUUUAAGGAACACUUCGAGGUGGCCUUGAAAGAAUUGUACCCCAAGGAAGAGUAA